AUGGUGGCGUACGGACAGGCAGCUGGAGGCCGCUCCUGGGCCAGCGUCGCGGCGUGCGGCAAGGCCAAGGGCAACUGGGGCUACUGGGUCUGCUCCAGCGGCCAGGGCAGGGAGUGGAACUGGUGCUCGCUCUGGAAGUGCCGCAGCUGCGGCCGAGUGGCCCCGCCUUGGGUCGAGGCAGCCCAGCCGCCCGCGGCUGCCGCUGGCCAGGAGCCGCCCGUCGCCGACGCCGAGGGCUUCGUCGUCCAGCCCCGUGGGAGGAAGGCGAGGCGCCAGGCCAAGCGCACUGCUGCCCGCGCGGCCAGCGCUGGGGCCGCCAGUCUGGCAGGCGUCAGCGAGGCCAGCAGCGCGCAGCCGUCGGCCGUCGAGCGGCACCGCCAGGAGGUCAAGCGCAUCGAGGACUUCCUCGCGGCCCCUGGCGGGUCCAUCGGCGAUGGGUGCCUGCAGUCGCUGCGCGCGGCCCUCGACCGCGAGCGUCGCAGGCUCUCGGCAGCCGAGGCGGCGCUGGCGGGGCGCAGGAGGGCCGACAUCCCCCUGCCCAGGGCGCUCCACGGCGCAGGCAACGCCCCGGGGAAGCUGGUCAGGCAGGGGCGGGCCAAGGAGCAGGCGCUGCUCAAGGCAGAGGAGGCGCGCGAGGCCGCAUGCGCUGAGGCGGUCGAGGAGUGCCGAGUUGCUCUCGAGGCUCACCGCGAGGGGCAGAGGGCCGCGGAGGCCAGGCAAGCCAAGGAGGUCGGCGCGGCCUUCGUCGGCACGGACUUGCUCGGGAUGGUCUUCGGCCUCAUCCAGCAGGUCGAGGCCUUGCCCCAGGGCUUCGCCGCGGGCAACGGGGAGGCCGCCUUCGCGGAGGUCGCCAAGCAGAUCGCCGCGGCCAAGGGGCGCUCAUCCUGGGCCGACACCCCCCUCGACGUCUCGGACGAGGACCUCGACGGAGAUGAGGAGGAGCGGCGCGGCCAAGCUGCGCGGCGAGGAGAGGCGCACGGUGCGUGGCCCUCAGCCCAGCCGCUGGCUAGGGACCUGGCCAACGCUGGGGCAGCCCUCCUCGACGACCAGCCUUUGGCUACUACGGCUGCUGCCGCUGACGAGCGAGUGGCCGAGACCCUCGACGGGCGCAGCGGAGCCAAGGUGUCAAGUGUCCAGAGGACGAGGAUGACGGCGCAGGAGGCCUGCAUUGGCGAGGCUCGCCUCGGGCCGCAGCCUGCCCUUGAGUCCGACCCUCGAGGACAUUGCCCCCUGCGUGCUGGCCUGGAGGUCCUGGGCUGCAACGGUAACGUCUGGAACAGGAGCGCCGAGGUCCUCGAGGCCUUCUUCCACGCCCACCAGCACUGGCCGCAGCUGGUCCUCCUUCAGGAGACGAGGCUAACCCACGAGCGCCUUCCUGGGGCCAGGGCGCUGGCACGCCGCCUCGGCUACACCGCCUUCUUCCACGAGGCGGUGGCCACGGACCAGCCUGGCCCGAACGCCGCGUCGGGCGGCGUCGCGAUCCUGGUGAGGGCUGGACUCCAGGCCGAGGAGUCCGCGUGCCAGCUCCCUGCGGCCCUGCGCCACCGCCUCAUCGGCGUAGAGGUGACGGCGCCGUCGGGCCUCCGCCUCCACGCCUUGGCUGGGUACUUCCAGCACUCCUUGGGCCCGCGGGGGAUCAACCUCGACCUGUUCUCCUCGGUCUCGGACCUAGUGGCAUUCUCGCUCGACUUGCCCUGGGUCCUCCAGGCUGAUGUCAACAUGGAGCCCGAGCCCCUGCAGGAGUUGGGCUGGCCUGCAGCGGUUCGCGGUCAGGUGCCCGGACCCUCUGAGGCGACCUGCUGUGCCCAGGGCUUGGAGCACGUCUACGACUGGUUCGUCGCGUCGUCCGACCUGGCCACGUGCACGGCGUCCUGCGCGACCACGCUCAACGACUUCGCGUCCUGCGCGACCACGCUCAACGACUUCGGGCUGCACCCGCACUCUCCUGUGCUGCUGCGCCUCCAGUGCGUCAGGUGCGAUGCCCUGGUCGAGGUGCCCUCCCGUCCUGCUCGGUUUCCAGAGGUGGAGGUCAAAGGCCUGCGCUCCCGCGAGGACGCCCUGGCCCAGGCCUUCACUGUCGGCAGGCGCGGGAAGGUGUCGCAGAAGGAUGUAGCUUGGUCAUGGGCUCAGGGCUCGCGCCCGACCUGUCUCUCUGCUGCCUUCGGCGAGUGGAUCGAGGCGGCGGAGGGCACUCUCACGGGCAUCCACGGGAUUGCGCCAGGCGACCUGCCGCGGUACCUUGGGCGAGCAGCAGGGCCCAAGACCAGGCGCAUGCCCUUCAGCGCGCUGGUGCAGCGCGAGGCCAGGUUGAAGUACAGCAUGCUGACCCACCGCCUGAGGAGCUGCCUAGCGGUCGCCCUCCAGAGGCUUCGCGCCGAGCAGGCCAGCAGGUGGCACCCGAACCACUCUUGGUGGUAUGAGCAGGAGGCUGCGGCGAGGGCGAAGCCCCUGGACGAGGCGACCCAGGAGGAGGCUGGUCUGCGGAGCGCGCUCCUCCCUGGGGCCUCCGACGAGAAGUGGGGUGACCUCGCCUUCCACGCGGGGGUGAAGGGCUGCCCCACGGCGAUCGCCAAGCUGCAGUCGUGGCUCUUGGCGUCCCAGAGGCCCCUCGUCGGCAUGGACGCCGUGGACCAGCUCACGCGCACGUGGCAGCGGCUCUGGCUCCAGGAAGGCUUCUCCAGCGGAGUCGGAGCCCACCGGUGGGAUGUUGGCUCCUGGACGUUGCCGCCCAUCACCCUGGAGGCCUUGCAGCAGGCGUGCAAGCGCUACGGCCCGUCGGUGGGGCUGGGCUGCGACAACCUGCAGCCUCGCCAGCUUCUUCUGCUGCCAGUGGCGCUGCAGCUUCGCCUGAUUGACAUCCUCACGGCGUUCGAGGACGAGCCCUCUUCGAUCAGGGGACAGCGCUUCGGCUUCAACCUGAAGCUGCUGCGCGGCCUCCUCGCCAUCUACCAGGCCCCGGGGAUCGUGCUGGCAGGUGGCAUGGCUUCGGCCCCCUUUGGGGCCAGUGGCACAGUGCUGGCGGGCUGCGCGUGCGCGACGGCUGUUGCUAAGCUUCCCGUACUUGGAGGCCUCCUCGCAGCUGGGGCUCAGCGGCCUCUUGCCACCCUGCGCAACUUGGUGGGCGACGUCUCGCUCCAAGCUGUCGGCUCGGCGAGGCUGGUUGUGGACCAGCUCGCGGGGGCCAGUGGGGAGGUGCUGCGACACCUGCGGGCCCACCACCUCCCGCUCAAUGAGGGCAAGUCCGUGUUCCUGGCCUCGUCGGCACAGGUGGCGGACGGCCUCGCCGCCAGCUGGGCCGCCCUCGGCUUCGAGGUCAAGCGUGGCUCCCAGGCCCGCAGCCUGGGCACCGACGCCAACGUGACCCGCAGAGGGGUCCACGAGGGAGGCGCCCGCGCCGUGGGAGGCCUCUCCCGCGCCAGGCGGCUGAGAACCCUGGGCUCGGCGGGGGCCGCGGUGGUGCACAUGCACCGCGCAGGCCCAACCGCCGCCAUGCUGUGGGGCAGGACGGUCACAGGGGUGCCCGACGGCGAGCUUCACUCUUGGCGCCUGGCGGCUGCGCGCUCGGCAGGGAAGCUUCCCAAGGGCGCCUCCCUUGGGCUGAGGCCCAGGGCGAUCGAGGUGCAGCGCUCCACCGACCUGGACCCGAGCCCAGCCCUGGUGCGUGCCGCGGUGCAGGUGGCAGCCAGCCUCCUUCAGACGGGCGAGGUUCCCCUGAUGAUGUUCGCUACCUGCCUGGCGGAGGCCGAGCGCAGGCACGACAGCAUCAGGGCGCCCUGGGUGAACUGCAAGAACCCCGUCGACGCCCUGGCCCUCUCUCUGUUGCGGGUUGGGUGGCGUCUCUCGGCUGGGCACAUCCUGCACACCGACGGCGGCCACACCUUGGACAUGCUGAUCAUGGCCCCCCGCGAGCUCGGGCUGCUGGCUGCGGCAGGUGCCCGCAGGGCCUCCGACAGGGCUGAGAUGACGCGGCUUGGGCACGGAGCCGCCCCCUCCAUGCCUUUGUUUUGGGACGCACUCGGCCAGGUCAUCGGCCCGCGCGGCAGGUUCAGCUGCAGGGAGAAGGCCGCGGUGGUGAGCUACCUGUCCAACGCCCACUGGCCGCAGACUCGCCUUUUCGCGUCUGGUGAGCGGGGCCACCCUCGCUGCUGCGCCUGUGGCGAGGUGCGUGGCAGCCUCUGGCACUGGCUUUUCGAGUGCCAAUCCCUGGCCGCUGAGAGGAGGGACUCGGUGUCAGCCCGCCUCCUUCGCUGCGCCACUCGAGUGAGGCAGCGAGGUGAGGAGGCGGGGGAGUGCUUCUCUAGGUGCUGGCUGCCGCAGCCCCCGCAGACGGCCUGGAGGAAGUAUGCGACGGCGGCCACCAAGCCCAAUGCACACCUGUGGUCGGCCGUCUACGCCUCGCUGGACGUCGACUCGCUCAAUGUGAACAAGGUGGCGGCCCACUGCACCGAGACCGAUGUCAGCGAAGGCAGGAUCUCGGAGUAUCAGUGGCUUGGGAACGCCCACGCCGACACCUCGCUGGACGUCGACUCGCUCAAUGUGAACAAGGUGGCGGCCCACUGCACCGAGACCGAUGUCAGCGAAGGCAGGAUCUCGGAGUAUCAGUGGCUUGGGAACGCCCACGCCGACAGGCUGGCGAAGGCGGGGGCGGCCCUCCACAGGGCCAGCGCGGCGGCCAGGCGCGAGUUCUUCGGCGCGAUGGAGGUCGUGAGAGAGCUCUCCAGGUGGAUCGCGCAGGCCUCGAUCGUCUGGCAGGACAGGGCCUCCAAGGACUGCGAGGGCCUCCCUGAGCGCGACGAGCGAAGGACGGCUGUCACCUUCGCGGUCCCGCUGGAGGAGCGUGCUGACGGCCUGCGGGCGGCCCCCGUGAGCGAGUCGGGUGCCCCGCCCGCCGCCGUGGGGGCCCGCGGGGAGCAGGCAGGCAGCCGCCCCGCCGCUGUCGGCGCCUGGGCCUCGGCGGCGCGCGACGGCGGAGCAGCGCUGGGCGCCCUGGUCUUCGCCGUCGCUGGGCACGCCCUCGCGCGCGCCAGGUGCGGUGAGGACGGCGACCAGCAGGAGAUCAUUGCGUGCACCAGGUGCGGAGCGUAUGCGAGGCUUGGCGGACUCCCCGGCCCGCAGCCCAAGCUCAGGGAGCGCUGUCCUGGGGCAACGGGCCUCCCCAGGUCGCUGCGGGACCAGAAGUCGCGGUGGGAGCGAAAGGGGGCGGAGGCCACCCGCCUUCGCAAGGAGGCCGAGGUGCCGCAGGACGCCAGGGUGCGUUUCCUGAAGUGGCUCGGAGUCCAGCCUGAUGCCCCAGCAGGCGUCGAGGGCAGCGCCUCGGUGGCCGACGCUGCUGGGGGCGACGCUGGCUGCGCGGCCUCCUCCUCGACGGAGCUGCCCGCGGCGGCUGGGGGCGCCGCGGCGGGAGCGGGAUCGCGGCAGGCCUGGCUGGAAGCCGACGGCCUCGAUGAGGAGAGCCUGCUGAGCUGGGCUGAGGAGGCUGAGGAGGCCCGACUUGAGCGCCAGAGCAGGAAGCGGCGCAGAGAUGACGGAGAUGGAGGUGAUUGA